GGUUACCUCACUUUCCAGGGGUCCCCCACCUCCAUGUAAACAGGCCCGAAGUGACGUUUUCGCUGCCAUGGCCGUCGUGGCUGGUGGCCUGUCGUGUUGACCACUCGGCCAAACUGCCCUCUAUUCGAUCCGGAUUCGUUAAAGAGCUCUUGAGAGCUUGUAGCAGUUCAAAGGUAAACCACUGACUUUUAAUUUUUGUGCCAUCUUUCAGUUUGAUAUCAGAAUACCACGACUUGUACGAAUUACAGAGAAAAAGACUGGAAGGCUUAGUUGGUAAGUGGUGCUUGAUUCCUUAACCAGCCGACACGAGAUCAACAUUCAGUCAAACAAGGUUUGAACGCAGUGACUGAAAACAAAAGUAGAUUCAUGUGAGGUAGUUUUUCCAACACGAGAAAGAGACUUUUAUUUGAUAUCCAAUAUUCGAGAAGCAGAUUAAAAAACUAAGACGCUUGUGGCUAAAAUAUCGUAGACUUGCGAACGUUCAGUAUAGUAGAUUCUUCUGUCUAAUGUAGAUGGUUGUAAAACCAAAGACCAAGAAAAUGACGUCAAAUGUUCAAAGGCGGGUGGUUUACCUUUAAAAGUUUUGAACAGUUUGGCAUUAUUUCCACGGAGAAGGAAAUUGCUGUUUAUUUAUUGUUUUAAGAAACGUUGAAUGCUUCAAACCGUCCAUUUAAGGUGAAGUUUCUCGGAAAAUCGGGCGUAAGGGACAGACAGCAAAUUGUGCCAUUUCAUUUUCAUUGCCUAUACUCUCGUGGACCAUAGUUCUCGACAAGAGAGAAUUGACUGGACGAGAAAUCGCCCAGAGUCAUGACUUCUGAGUGGUUCAUGAAUUACCUUUGUCAUCCUUGUAAUGUUGGUCUCGCCCACACGUAUCCGGAUAUUUUGGAAAAAGGAGAUUAUUUUUUGCGUCCCCUCGAUCGCAUCCCAUUUAUGUAUGAUAUCGUCGUAUUCGAAAGUAACCUCCGUUUUCGUCCUUCCACACGAAAAAAAAUAUUAAAGCCAGCGUUUUCGAAAAACUCCUUUCUGGGGACCGGUUUCGAAAACCUGCAUUUUUGGUGCCGGAAAACGUUAUAUACGUGUGGACGGAAGUCUGCGGAGUAAAUUGUCUUUGUUUUCAAAAAUAUCUGGAUAUGUGUGAACGGGACCUAAGAAUCGCUAUAUCCUUUGUUGUGUAGGUAAACUCACUGAAGAGCGUGAUCUAUGGAGUAGCGCAGCAUAUACUCUUUCCUUGAAGGUUACGGACAAACACUCGCUCAACACUGCAAAGAAGCUGCACCUCUGCGAAAAAGCUUGGGCAAAAUUGAGCCGACACUUUGCCAUUUUCUUAAGUGAAAAGGAUAGUAUACAGGUAAGUGUUAGUGAGGCACUUACCCUUAAGGGUGAUGCUCGAUACACCAAGUCAAUAUCAACACUAUUGUCUCGUUCUAUUAUGUGAAGUUUAUUGUGUGACUGUGUAAGUGCUAGAACUCAUUGUUGUGUUAUUUGUGACGUAACUCGAGACUUGCUAUUCACUUGGUAUAUCGUGAACCAGCCUGCCCUAGCUAUAGAAUGAACAAAGAAAGAGAGAGAGAGAGGGAGAGAUUGUGACUUAUUUUGAAGUCUUCGAAAGAGACUUAAUUGCACUGUUACCUACCGAACGUACGAAAGGUUUAGUGUAUUCAUGUAGAGCGCAUGUUAGAAGGGCCAAAAAGUUAUGCGCGCAAAUCACUGCGGAAAUUACGCUUAGGCGUUUACGUCUUAGUCUCGGACAGGCGCGUCUCCAAAAGGUAAGCAAUGUAAAUGUAAGUAUCAGGCUUGCUAGCCUGUCUUAAGAGGGUACAGGAGAACGAAGUCAUACGAAGUCAUACGUUGGUCCGAUAUGGUACCCUGCGAACAUUCAUUACUAUCCUGCUUUUGACCUUUUUCUAUCGUUAAGUGUACCUAUUUAACAAUUCUUUUCGAGUACGAAUUCAAUAUAAGACGGUAGAUAUCGCUGAGUUGGCUAUAAUCAUCUCAGAUCCAACAAGCGCGAGUGGAAGAACUGUUUUAUUAGCCUUGUCAGGAUUUCUACAUCUGACCAAAGUUGAUAGACGACUACUGAACGAAUUGCCCUGAUGGCUUUGGAUGAAUAUUCUUGUUCUGCUAUGAAAAGAGCUUGCAAAGAAGUAAUAGAGAAGCGCGAUUUGAUAGUUGUAACGCACGUAAAUGUUCUGAAGAUCUCACAAAACUUGCACGCGACGUUCGAAUUCUCCACUAUGACGUCAUAAUGACAUAGCGCGAGCGCUUGUUCGGACAAACUGUAUGUUUUUAUAAAGGCAACCAGUAUUCGUCCCAAACUUGCACCGCCCUUUGCACAUUUAUGUUUUCGGGAACACUCAAAGAAGCAACUAAAGAAAACUUUCCACUUAGCCUGGAACACGAAGAGUAUCCAGUAUCUAAAUACGUGCCGGGUUUCUUUUUUUUUAUUCAAGUGUUUUGCCAUUUUCACCAAGAUGAUUGUAUAUGGAUUUUUAACUGUCUCUGUAUUCAAUUUUUUUUUAAUUUUAGCCCAUCAAAGAAUUUCAACUCGUAUUCUUAUCACUUCGCUUGUAGCUCGAGAGGUUGACGCAUCAUGUACAGAGAUGGCGAGAACUUUCGGAUAAGUUCAAUAAAAGUCUUGUUUCCUCUGAGGAGGAGAUGAUAAACAGAGUAAGUAUUUCAUAUUUUCGAUUAAUAUACAGUAUAGCAGAAUCCUCAUUUCUCGAACCUUAACAAAUUCCUGAUAGUACGAAACAGCCCUAACUUCCAUUCACUAGUCGACCAUUGUAAAGAAAGCGAAGUCUUGGAUGUAUAUCAGUGGUUUUUUGUCAAAACGAGACACGUAAAAUCGUCGUACAGUUCGACAAUAUUUCGGCCUUAAGGAAAAUAAUGGGCUACUCGUAGUCAUCGCUUAACCCUUCACUUCUUAGGAGUCAUUAGCGUCCAAUUUCUCCUUAAAAUAUCACUGCAAAUCUAACCUUCAUGUUUUGAGAAUAAAUGAAAUGAUGAGCAAGUGAAAAUGUUAUUGAUUGUUUAGCAAAAUCUCCUCACCAUUACCAUAAGAAAUAUUUGGGUACAGUAUGGAGAAUAUACAUGUUAUGUUAGUGUAAAAAGGUUAAACUGUACAGGGAAAGCAUUGUAAGCACAUUACCUUUUUUGCAAAGUUCGUUAGUACAUUUGAACGCCUUGUUAUUGUCGGUCUCAGCGAUGGACAAAUACAAAUCGUUUCAUAUUUAUAUACUAGCAGAAAACAGCAACAUGUCGCAAACAUAAUAAUCUGAUUAAGUAACUUCAUCUUAUUGGGAGUUUGUUUAUGGUUUUUAACCUUUACAGACAAUACAACGUUUCCACUCUGCUAGGGGUUAUAGAGUAGUGCCAUGUCGUGAAUGGUUGAGUGAUAAUAUUAUUGUUUAAUGCAGCUUAAAAGAUUGAUUGCUCAACUUCAGAAGUGGAAAAAGGAGUUUCAGAAAAUUGUGAAGUAAGUAAAAGUUACUAGACUUCCGCUUUAUUUCCAACGAAAAGAAAUGAUGUUGAUGAUGAUGAUGAUGACAGGAGCUUAUAACCGGGAGCGAGCAACGUCCAUGCGCUCGUGUCACGGCGUUUUCACGGACCAGUUUAUUUUUAGAACGACUUUGGCGUGAAUUUUCAAUAUCUUUUAAAUUCCACGAACGAAUCAGCAAAACCUACAGACCUAAAAAAUUUUUUUUUUUUGCCUUUUAAUGAGGUUUAGUUUUUUUUUUGGAUAUCUUAUACUUUGAUUGCGCUCACAGACAUGAUGGAGGCCUAUGUUUGCGGGAGAAAGUGCCCUAAAAUGUGGCGUAGUGUGGGAGUUGCUCGCUCCGGGUUAUGGGCUCCUGUGAUGAUGAUGACGAUGGUGAUAGUAAAGGUGGUGAUGGUGAUCAUGAUGCUUAAUUACAGACAGGACCAGUACUUAGGGUCAGGAAAUAAUCAAGGGCUCGACCUCGGUAAUGUCGGCCUGUCAAGAAAAGGACCACGUACAUUAGUGUAUCAGGCCUUUGAUACUUAUUGAUGUCACAUGUCUAAAUAAAGUUGAUUGGUUCUCUGUUUGUUGUGGCUCGGUUUGGCCCGGCUUAGAUGAUCACGCAAAAGUGGCGGUCCUUUCUGCAGUAGGCAAAGUCAAACCUUGUCCGCAAUUGGUACUUCACACUAAAUACAUUUACACUAAAAGAAAUAUAUUGAAUUUUUAAGGUUUUUGAGAUGCACUGGUAAUUUUUGUCCAUAUUUUGGUUUCUUUGUUGUUGUACAGUUAUGAUGAUGGUAGCGUUCGACCUCCCGAUGGACAGUUAACCAAAAAUCUGUUUGAAGACCUCAAAACAUGGGAGGAGACGUUAAAUCAAGAGGCAGAGCAUUUUACAGGAGAAACGCUACUGUCUCGUGAAGAAGAGUUGUAUCAGAUGAACAAAGAAGUGGAUGGGUGGACCGAUGUGGCACUCAGGGUAAAGAGCAGCAAGUUUAUUAAGUAAACAACUAGGCCUCAUGUGUUCAAAAACUCGACAGUGCUAUCCACCUGAUAAAUUACUACUGCUAGUGGAUAAGUAUUAGGGAAACAGAUCGCACCAUCCACUGGGUAAAGAGUGAUUUAUCCGGUGGAUAGUGUUAUGCACCUUUUGAACAACUGGGGCCAGAAGUAUACGUCAGAGGAAGGGGACUAGGGUAGUAUAGGUUCUAAGGUGACUGACAAUAAGUAGGCAAACAAACAAUUGAACAUCCAUCUGUGUGAUUGGACACGCUGUUGUCAUAUCACAGUGUCAAAACUGUCUGAGUAUCAGCGGCCAAAAGUUGCAGGGAAAACAAGCGCCUACUUGCAAGUAUAGCCAUCGCUGGUUAGUUUAGUUGAUAGAGCGCUGGUCUGUUGAAAAGGAGGCUGCGGGUUCGACCAAAUACCAUCCAGGGUGAAAGAAAAAGCCGGGGGGAGCACGCUGGGUGUCGGUUAGCCUUUCUCUCAGUUCAGGUGGCCUCGUUAUUGGGCGGUGACUUUAGGUAUUCACCCUCGACUCUGAUGUCUCCUUACCAAAACGAUGUGGUUUUUCAGGUAUUUAGCCGUCAUCAGUCGCAGGAUGGAACAAGAUGGCCACAACAUGAGGUCAUGUUACAGCUAAAUGCUGAAGUAGACAGACUACAACAGCAGUAUCACGUGAGAAUAAUCGGUGAAAACGGUGUCGCCAAAGGGAUCAUUGACCUUGUUAAUCCACUAGAAACAUGGUAGGCAACUUUGUUUUACUUUUGUUUGUUGAUUGGUUUUUGUAAUGUUAAAUGGCACCCAGCGCAUUGUUUUCUGUCAAGUGAAUAAAUAUGAAAGAAUGAAUUAAUUAACUUAGUUUAUACUCUGUAAUAAUUUCAGCAUGCAGUUGGAUUUCAAACUAGCCGUUAACCUUUGUAAUCUUGUAUAAGAAACUAAACUGUUUAUAAACAAAUAAUAAUAUGUAGAUACCUUGUUAUGUUAACUACAAAAAAAUCUGAUCUAAUUUGAUUAAUUUUUAGGGUUGUCAUUUCUCAAAAACCCUCUUAAACUAUCUGAUGUCUUCCAACAUGAUUUGAAAGUGCAUUCCAAUGCUAUUUCCCCGCUAUGAGCAAAUGAUGUUUUUAACGAGUUCUUUUAGGUGUGGGCAACUGCUUGUCGAACCCACAUGUUACCUCAACUGUCUGAGAUGCCCCACCUCCAUUUUGAACUGGACCUCAGAGGUCAGAUUAUGAAGCACAGUUAAAUAUUUUGAUAUUUCUUAUUUUGCCCACGGAAUUUCAAACGCGUGCGCCCUCGAUAUUUCUCCUUUCGCCCUUAAAAACAGGCGCUUGCUAUGCAGGCUUGGUAAUUGCUAAGAACGUAAAUAACCAAAACAAACAAAGCUUCAACGACCAAAUUGUCGUGACAGGGUCCUUCUAUUUUCCUACCAAUAUCUAUAGGGGAAACAAACUGAACACUGUUCUCAAUGGAGGUGAAAUGCUGCUGGACACGGACUGGAUACGACUCGCGGAUCAGGUCAGUGAAGAGUGGGCUGAUCACCUGACCGAAACUCUCGGUCUGAUUGGCUCAACACAAAAGGAAAGUGCACGCUUGAGUGGUGAGGUAGAAAACCCAGUAGACGUGGAAGACGUGUUUAAAAACACAGUCAAAUGGCUGUCUGCUACGACGAACAGCAUUGAUAACGAAGACGCGAAAAUUGUGGAAAGAGUAAGUGAUGCGUUUCAGAUGUUUGCCUUUUUUUAUAGCCAGACUGAUUAAGGAGAAAUUAAAUCUAGUUGGAAACUUUUGAAUCUAUGCUUUAACUGAAAACUCCAGGACAGCUCGUUUUGCACGAUACCGUUACAUUUUUAGACUUUUGCAAAAUUAAUAUUGUCAAUAGUUUUUCUUGAGAUAUGAUCACUCUCGGGAAUAACAAAGUUAGAAAAUUAAAAUUAUACAAAAAUGAAAUAGAAGAAGAGAAAAUUUACUUAAAAUUUACUUUCUCUCAAAAUUGUUUGUAUAGAACUUCCAUGUAACGAAUCUUCGUUAUGGCGAAAAUAUUUUGCCUUUCUUUAUAGCCUACCCUGCGAGCAGAGGCUACAUUUUCGCUGUGUGAGCUGUCGUGCGAAAAAUAGCCUCUGCCGACAACCGUUCAAUUUUCUAUCGUGCAUGCGCAAAAUUCGUCACGCGAUUCGCAAGCAAAAUUAAUCGUCAGGUCUGUCGUCAAACGGCGCGAGUUUCGCGGGAAUAAAAAAAUUGCGACAACUCUGAUCUGCUACGCAGUAAGACUCACGCAAUGCUCUAAACCGGUCAAGAACAGGAAAAAACCCGUUUUUUAAUUAAUUCGUCCAGAUUUCUGGACGGAUUUGAACAGUUAACGGCAGAGGCUACUUUUCGCACGCCAGCUCACACAGCGAAAAUGUUGCCUCUGCUCACAGGGUACUUAUAGCCAUUUGUUACAUCGAGGUUCCACUGCAACUGCAUAUAUUCCUCAGCUUGUUGUACUCUGUAAUUUCAGGUCACACAGGUACAUAGCGCCAUGAUCCGGUGGAUGAUCACCGUUCUUCUUCGUCUGACCCCAGAUAUGGAGGACAAGGAAUUGGAAGAAAUAGACAAACAGACUGGCGACCAAGAAGUGGACGCGUCGCUGGGGGGAGGGGAGAUCCUGCUUCAGGCCAUACCUGAAGAGAUCUGUAACAGAGCGCAGAGGCUGUUUGAACAGCUCAGAGUGUUUUCGGUCCUUUUGACAAAAUGCUGUUCUGAUCUGGUUAUUGACUUAAUGCAGGUGGGUUACAUACGUAAUACAUUGUUACAUAGCAGAAAUUCCAUCCUGAACAGUUCACCCUCUCAUAGGCUACUGAGAUCACAUGACAUCGAACAAUGAAACAAUUUCCCGACUUAAGUCCUCAAGCGGGGAACAUCUCAUUUUUUUCCGUAAAGUGAGUUCGUUUAUUGGCUAUUGGCGAUCACAUGAUAUUUGACAAUGACAUCACUUCCCUGCUAGUCUUCAAGCGAGCAACAUCUCAAAAAGCGUGCAAUCUCAUUGGCUACCUCGAGGUCACAUGAAAUCUAACAUUAGGCUAUCAACUGUAUAUGAAAUAAAGAUUUUCAAAUGAUGAGUUUUCGACUCUGGUCUUUCCUCAGAGCGAUUAAGAAAUUGGUGAUCAUCUGCGUGGUUCGUGAAAGUCCUUCAUAUAUCUGUUACUGGAGAUACACUAUUUGAGGAACUUCUGGUAUCCAAGCCGAACGAAACGAAAAAAAAAAAGAUUUGUUGAAUCGAAAGCGUUCCUUGAUCUUGGUGAUAUGUUACGCCAUUAACCUUGGCGUGCUGUCAUGUUCCCUCCCAGUUUACACCCUCAAUGCCGUGCUUAUGCAGAGAUUUGCAACAGAGGUUAACAGUUUCAUACACUUAACUUGUGCACUCAUUUCGUACUUCGUUUUUAGGAACGGCGAGAUCAGGGUGAUGAACACGCGGAUAUGGAUUUCAAAGAUCUUAAGCGCCUGUCUGUAGAAUGCGAGGGGUGGAUACGAACAGCUGGCCUGCUUAUUCAAGACGUUAUGGGCGACGACUUUGUUUUCCAGGAUCUGUCCGCUGGUAAGAAGGAAAAGGGACCCGACAGAGCGGUCUCCACUGACUCUAAAGCUACUGGUGGAGAGGUAAUUUUCAUUUUGGUGUGUCAGUCUUGUCUACGUAUAUUGUAAACAGAACCUUUUUUUUGUUCUUUUCAUUUUGCGCUGAAAAUCGAUGAAGUCACUCUCGUUCGAUUGCGAAUCCUCAAUCUUGGAGUUUGGGGCGAACGAAACUAUCGGAGCAGAUGAUUUACUUUUGCUAUGAAGACUGAUUUUCAGCGCAUAAGAAAUAGAGGGGCUAAUUUCUCAACCCAGUACUCUUGUGACAGUAAAAUCUAAUGAAAUAUUUCAGUGCUUACAGUAACCCCCAUUCAUAAUACUUUAUGAAGACUACCUCGGAGACAGCCUGGACAAGUGGUGAGACAGCGCUUCGGACUUUGACCACUUGCUGCCGGGAUUUGUUCACGGUAGUCCUGAGUUCAAAUCCUCUUGCGCGGUUGUAAACAGCCAUGCAACUGCUUGCCUUCUGCCAGUUAAGCUUUGAAUCCUGUAAUGUGCUAUUUGGAUUAUUUGUUUCUAAUUAUUUGAAUGAGUGUCUGCAAAUUGGCUAGUUAGGCAAGUUGUAUUUCCCACUAUAGACAAACCUUCAACCUUCUUAACCUUACUGAAAUAUGGUAUUAUCUUAGGGCUGCAUUUAGUUUGUCUAUUAGUCGCUAACAGACUCCAGUUUUACGAUAUAAGGUUAAUGGGAAGCGGGUAAGAAGAAUGAUGCUUACCUUUCUAAGUAGUGUUUGUGAUGGAGUAAACUGAACCUUAUUUUCCAAACAGUCACAAGAUGAAGACAUCAAACAACCGGAAAAUGCCGAGCAAACAGAUCAACAAGCUAUAGCCACUGAACAUCAGGAACAUGAAAAACCGGAAGUCAAAACUGUAAUGCCAGAAGACUCUGGGAGAGUAGAUGCCCCUAAAAAGCCUGCCGAGGAAUCCCAUGUGACCGCGCCUACUAUUGAAACGAGUCACCCAGAAGCAAAAGAGGAGACUGGAGAAAGGCCUGAAGAAGGGAGCGAAGUUGAGGCUAGAGACCAAGAGCAAGAUGAGUCCCGGAUGCAUGUACUGGGACAUGACGAUAAUAUAAGGACCAUGUCCCUGGAGGAGCUACCUGCAGACCAAGUAAGUUGAAGCUAUGAUAUUAUGGACCAUCUCCCCCCACCUGUAGUCACUAUGGCCUAAUGAAGGUGUGGUCAACACUUUGUUGUGAAAAAAGAUAAGACGGUAAUUUUGAAAUGAUUUCUUUAUUAGAUAAUUCACUUGAUGAGUUCACGAUGCAGUUGAAACUCUCCACAACGGCCGCCUUGGGACAGAAGAAAGUGGCCAUUGUAGAGAGGUUUAAACAAGAGUCAAUGUAUGGACUGUCCGCCAAAAUAGUGGCCGUUGUAGAGAGGUGGCCGUUAGUGGAAGUUCGACUGUACCAUUGUUAAAACAUUUCCCUUUUCUUUUUUUUAUUGCGUGUAGUUGCAAUUCUAGCAAAUAAAGUGAACUCUGAAUCUCAACAAACGGCUACCUUCAAGUUUCAAGUUUAUUAUUUUGCCACAAUACAGAACAUUAAGUACCUAAAUAAAAAAUCUCCUGCAUGGCGAGAAAAUCCUAGGGAAACCACUGGGCCGCUCAAUUAAUUAUUUUAACGAAACAUUAACCUUUGGUUAGUUUCUGCCUUCCUUCAGCCAUUUUUCUCUUGCCUCUCUAUAACGAGGACAUCUUUCUAUUACGGCCACUUAGGACUGGUCCCAGUGGUGGCCAUCAUAAAGGGAGUUGACGGCAGAACCAAAUAGCAGCCCCGCUUUAAUUUAUUAUUCACACCUCAAUAUUACAACAGAAUCAGAUAAUUCAAACGAAACACUUCUCUGUUUUGUAGGAACUGGAACAUCUCACUGUGCCCGAAGGGGAAAACCAGCAACCUGGUAAGUCUUGGAGUUUGCCAUCGUUUAAGGCAUGCACGUUUGCCCCUUUUUUGCUUCAGUAAACCGCCUUAUCUCUGCUCUGUCGAAGAAAAGUGAUUUCUUCUUAUGUUUUUGUUUUGUUGUGUGUUUUUUUUAGCGCGCUCACCGUCCCCCGACACUAAAAAAGCCCUGGAAGCUUUAGCUGCGGUGGAAAGACUUCAGGCCCAACUGCUGUAAGUACCUUUUCUUUACUUAUGAAAGUAAAGACGCAAAAUCCGUGAGCCACUGGAUGAGUUUUUAAUAAUUAAACUCAUUUUAUGUAAAACUGUUCAGUUAUCAUGGUGAGAAAAAGUCUGUUAUAAGUGCUAUCUUUUUUUCCUUUUUUGCGCGAGACGAGGGGAGGAGAAAAGAUAAAGCGUCUAUUACCAUUCCAUUGUUCUGGCUCUUUCGCCCACCUAUACGUACACAAAAAUUGACUGACGGCGGUCAUCAAAAGGACCAAUCAAAGCACUAUCCAUUAUUCGCGCGAAACUUGUAACCUUUCUGGCUACCAGGAACACCUACAAUAGCAUAAACCACAGGAAAUGAUAAAUCUAUUAGUGCAUGAAACACCUCUAAUGUAAGACUCGGUGCAGCAAAAAUAAGAUAUGCUCAGACAAAGUUUAGUUUAUAUUCAAACACAGCGGCGAGAGAGAAAAGAGGGAAAAACCUGUUGUUCAAAUAAACUCUAAGGUCACGUUUUACAUUGCCACAUGCUUAUGAGUCGUGUUUGGCCCGUCAACUCUUUAUUUCAAAAUGGUGGUAAAUCAGGUUUUUUCCAAACCCAGUUGGAAGCAAUCGAAUAACAUCCUUCCUCUUUAGCAGUAAAUGUAAACAUUUCUUUUUUUUUCCUGGAGCAUUUUAGAAAUAAGCGAAGAGCUUCUUAAACAGCAUCAUCAAAAGAACAUGACUGCGUGACGGCAAUUUUGUUCCAGACAAACAUGCUAGAAUUUCACAGAACAACGCGUCAUCAAUUAACCAAUUGGAACGCGACGUUCAUGUAGUGAACGUGGGAAGAGUAAGAACAACAGGCUGGUAACAGGCGCUUUGACUUUUUCUCUAAUUGGCUCAUAAAGCGCCUGUUGUGCAGGCUAAUAACUGGUUUUCUUUUCCAAUUUUAGAGAGACAGAAGAACGAGCACAGAUGGCAGAGGAGAGAGCCAUUCAAGCCGAAACAGAGCUAAAGCAAGCUCUAGAAAAAAUCCGAGCCCUUGAGCGGUCAGCGUCUCGCGCCAGUGCUGGAGAAUCUCAAACGCCUGCAGAAAGACCGGUCAGCACCAGCAUGUCAAAGCGAGCACCCUCUCAGGCGUCUACUGCGCAGCCCCAUUCUCCCCAGCCGCCACGCACUCCAUCCCAGCAAUCAUCACGGCCUUCAACUCGCGCAUCAACAAAGAAAAAAUAAAUAGUGGAGUGCGCUAUUAAAAGAAACCUUUGUAAAUAGAUUUAAUGUGGAGAGAGAGAUCUGCUGUGAAUGUUGUGCUAGUUUGUUUGUAGUGCUUAAAGAAGAAUUUUAAAAAAGAACGGUACAUAUUUAUUUUUUAUACUAUAUAGGGAUUAAAACGAUGUUGUACAUUGCUUGAGAAACAUUAGUUCACCCUAUUAUUCUCGCUG